AUGGGCGCGUACUUGUCUGUGAUGGACGAAAGCUGGCCACCCAAGCCCAAGUGGAAAGUCGACGAAGUACCAGAUAUGACAGGGAAGGUGGCUCUUGUAACAGGUGGUACCUCAGGAAUCGGAAAGAAAGUGGCAAAGGUGCUUCUGCUUCGUGGUGCAAAGGUAUACAUUACCGCUCGGGACUCCAGGAAAGCCCAGGACACCGUGAAAGAGCUCUCUGAAGCAACUAAACAUACGCCAGGCCUGCUGGUCUUAGACCUGUCCGAUCUCGGGUCAGUCAAGACUGCCGCAGAAGAUUUCUUGAGAAACGAAAAGGAAUUACACAUCUUGUUCAACAAUGCUGGAAUAAUGGGUGUUCCGUCUGACCAAGUGACAAAAGAGGGCUAUGAUCUUCAGUUCGCCACAAACGUUUUGGGCCCCUUCCUCCUCACAGAACUGCUGCUUCCUACUCUUAUUUCCACGUCCAGCAGGUCAAAUGGGUUCAAGGCACGCGUUGUCAAUAUGACGUCUGGAUACCACUUCCUCUCCAAAGUCGACUUCAAUAAAUUGCGUGAUACCCCGGCGCGCCGUAAGACGGCCCCUCAAGAUCUGUACGCGCAAAGCAAACUGGGCAAUGUGAUUUUUGCAACGGAGCUGGCGAGAAGAUAUGGAGACCAGGGCAUUGUAUCGACUUGCAUCAAUCCGGGAAAUAUACGCACGAACUUGCAACGACAUCUACCAACCAUCACCGGCAAAAUCUUUGGUCUUAUGUUGUAUCCGCUUGAGAACGGCAUACUCAGCCCUCUUUACGCCGCAACGACAGAAGAGGGUGCAUCGCUCAACGGAAAGUACCUCAAACCAUUCGCGAGGGUAGGUCAAGCAUCGAAGGGCUCACAAGACCCCAAGGUCGGGAAGGAGCUCUGGACGUGGAUGGAGGAGCAAACCAAAUCAUACACCAGCUCGGAGGAGAGUACUUCUGCAGCCCCCCCAGCGUGA